CUCCUUUACAGAGUAAUGUCAGCUAUAAAGGGACAGUCAGACAGAUUUGUACUUUUAGGGUGUACAAUUUCAUAUUUCUAACUGUCUCUUUCUGAAUCUUUGCCUUCAUUGUGGCAGACAUUCCCAGUGCUUGGAGGGUACAGGUGAUACAGUUAUUUGUAGUGUUAUUUUCUAUACUUUAUGUUAUUAUUUUAAUAUCACCCACCCACUCUGCUUAAGUGUUUACUUCCCUCUUAUACAUUGCAUCAACUCAGCUCAUGAUUUCCUCUUUGCAUCUUGUAAAACAGAGACUUCUGCCUCUCUGUCACACUUAAUAUCCUCACAUGGAACUGUCUGACCUUAUACAGACUUCCCAAGUGGACAAUGUCCGUGUGUCUUGUCCUAUGCUUCCCACCAUGACUGGAACCCUAUGUGUUUCCAGUCAUCACCUACUGCUAUGCCCAGUUGCUGAAAAAGGUACAAAGCAAGAAGAAUCUGAUUUCUGGCUGCUACAUUCUGACGUAGAUACAGUAGAGAAAAGGUAUGUAUUAGCACUUGGAGACAUGGUCAUGCAAUGCAGGAUCCCAGCUUUCUGCCUGUGCUGUGCAUACAAAACCAAGCACGUAUGGUGCUUUGGUAGGCAUUACAAGCAAAACACAUACUUUUGGUAGACAUGGAGCACCCCACGUUGAUCAGUUUUUUAUUGCAGUGUCUUCAAUAUUGGUAUGUUUCAAAAUACGGAUUACGGACAUGACGGGACAGUGAAGUCUGGCAUGGGAACAGUCACCUUAAAAUGUAAGGACUUAAGAGUCAUACAUCUGGAAAUUCCAGGCAUGGAGGAGACGCUAAAUAUUGCACGGUCUGUACAGGUUAGUGACACAGAGUUUAGUUAUUGUGGUUAUACAAGAAGAGGUAUAGAGAGAUGAGAGUUGUCUGUGUUGGUCAAUGAGAUAUAUUUUUGAUUCUCUUUCUGCUCUACGAUGAGGGCAAAAAUAUAGUAGAAAUGGGCAUUCUUUUAAAACAUUCAAUGAAUUUACUAGUGAAAUAUGGAUUUUCCGACUCUCUUUACUAAAAAAACAGAUUUUAACAAGGAGGCCAUUGCCAAAAUUACAAGUAACCUACAAGUAGUGCAGCAAUGAAUCAUUUUACUAACGUUAUCCAUUUUUAAUGUGGAGUCCUGACAAGUGUGACAUGGAUUUAUCUGUUCAUCAUUACUAUGUUGUUUAAAUGUGUACGUGUCUUGGGACUUGGUUGUGUCUUGUUUGAUGUGUGUUUAUUUUAUCCACAGGCUUUAUCCUCACUAAAUUCCAUUACUCUGACUUACCCAUUUUUUCACCGACCACUUGGUUGCAUAUUGGGGAAAGGCUGGCCAAGAGAUACUACAGAAAACUUUUACCAGAGGUUUGCAGCAGAGGUAACAUAACAUGCUAAUUAUAUGCCUUCACAUCUGUUGUGCAUAGUACAAUACCAUCACAAGGAUCUCACAAACUGAUGUUUUUCCUGUCUCAGACUGACGCCUGGCGUGUGAGUGAAGUGAAUGAAGAAUUUAAAAUUUGUCCUAGUUACCCAGCAAAGGUUAUAGUACCACGAUCUUGCUCUGAUGACACUUUGAAAAAGGCAGCAAAGUUUAGACAGGGUGGCAGAUUUCCCAUCCUGUGCUACUACCACCGUACCAAUGGAAUGGUAAGUUCUUCAAAACACUGUCUCCAAUCUUUGCUCCUCAAUUCUCUCUUCUGUGUCAAUGUUCACAAUGGUCAUGAGUAAUAAUUAUUUUUCUAUAGUAAUACUCUUAAGUUAUAUUGAAAAGAUAAUAGGACCAGGGCUCACCUACAUUCAAAGAGGUAUUCACUAAAUAUUAUACAGAACCAGAGAGAUCCAGCCUAAUAACGUUUGAAAUAUAAUCUUUAUUGUCUAUUCAAUAGAAAAAUCAUCUUUAAAAUACAAUCUUAAAAUUCAAAUCUAAUGUGUGUUUUUAUAUAGCCCUAGGAAUAGGACAUCAAAUAAAUCAAACUCUGGUAUCGAUGAUCUCACAACUAAUCACUGAAUAGACUCCACUUGAAGAGCACGGUUGUGGCGAAACGCGUGUCAGGACUUCUAUAUACUCAAUGUGUGAUCAUUGUCAAUAUGGGGUAGUGCUGUGCACUGAGACUCACUGCCAAUAGUUAUUAUGCUUGAUUAGCUAGCAAUCAGAUUGGAUCAUACACAGGGUUUCAUUCCGAUUUUAUUAUUAUCAUAACUACAUUUUGGUUGGUUUACUUUACAUUUUGAUUAUUUUUCCUCAUUUCUUUUUGGGUUAUAUUUGUAGCCUUAGGAUAUUGUAAGAACAGGCGGGAGAGGGAUUUAGCAUAGGUGCCCUCGAAGGCACAGAAUAGCUAUUAGCAAGUUUUGCAUGUUAUAUUCCCCCACCCCCCUUUUUGUUUAUUUCUCUAUUUGCUCUCUCUCACUUUUAUUUCAUAGUCUCCUUACUGUUCUCCUUAGAAGUUCAAGAUAAUUUAGAUUUUCAAGAUUUUGAUAUUUGGUAUAUCCUUAUAACUCUUAAGGAUAGUAAAAGGUUUGACUUAUCUGAUAUCCUAUUCCUGAGGCUAUAUAAAGACACACACUAGAUUUGAAUCUUAAGAUUGUAUUUUACGGAUGUUUUUUCUAUUGAAUAGAAAAUAAAGCUUAUAUUUCAAACGUUAUUAGGCUGUAUCUCUCUGUUCUGUAUAAUAUUUCGGAUUCUAUUUACUGGGUUCAUGCCCUUUCCUUUUCUCCAGCCUUAAUGAUCAUCUUCCUCCAAAUCCUCUCUUUAAAUUAGUCUGAGUUAUUCACUAAAUUACAAAUAAUACAGCCAUGAAAUCUGGAUAGCAAAAUUGAGACUAAAAUAGCUGAUCUGAAAAAGAAAUUUUACAGCUUAGCUAGCUGCUAUUUUAGUCUUAGAUUGGCCACUCGGAUACCAGUUUAGCACAAUUCUGUGAGUUACAUGAUUUCCAAACUGGGUAAUGUUUAAUUUUCUCUCUGUGUGGCUCAGGUCUUGUUACGUAGUGCUCAACCUAUGGUUGGCACUUCUCGUCGAUGCUGUGAGGAAGACAACGCUCUGCUAGAUGAAGCUUUGGUAGGGGAAUUGCCAGGAUUUAUUAUUGACACUCGCUCUGCACAGGAAGCCAAACAGGCCCGAAGUGCAGGUGGUGGCACAGAGAAAAAGUCCAGGUAUCCCAAUUGGAGAAUAUUACACCGACCACUAGAGAGGUGAGGUGGAUAUGUAUACAUGAGGGAGUUAAGCAAGUGUGGUAUAUGAUAUAACUGUCUUUCUUACUUUGAUGCACAACUGAAUAGUCUCUGUACUCUCUUAGGGGACAAGCUUUGCAAGAGAGUUUAACUCGAUUGGUGACUGCAUGCUAUGAGCCCUCUCAAUUGAUGAACCGUUGGCUUAGCAGGUUACAGGCUUCUCGCUGGAUGUCUAAUGUCAAGGAAGCUUUAAGCAUUGCUGGCCUAAUUUCUGAGUGUAUUGAAAGGUGAGGUGGACUAUAUAGGAAGAGUUAUAUGGGAUGGCAGAUGUUGGAAAGAGGGAGGUAGUACAAAAAGUGAGAUAUAAAAUAACUUGACCAAGCACCUGUUUCAUGCUCAGUAACUUUGGCCUAAAAUUUGCAAUUCCAGUAUCCUUUCUCCACAAUUCUGAUUUAAAUAAAUAAACUGCCUUGUAUUUACUUAAGCAGGAAAAAUUGUAUUUCAUAAAGAUAGAAUCUUUAUGAAAUACUCAUUUUGAUUGUGUUAGAUUUUCACUGGAAUUCCAAACCAAUCAAGAAAUAUACAUUGGACAAAGUGGUGACCACUUUGUCUCUGUAUUUCUCCUCCUCCUGACUUUCCCAGACUCAGUGCAGAGUCUAAGUGCCAAUCCCAUCAGCCGUCAUCAGUGACGUCUGCAGGGAACUGGAUGUGUCUGUGGAGAGUCUCACAGGAAACUCCACAGACCUCAAUGCUGUACUUUUGCACAUGUGUGAGAGUACAGCAGUGAUGUUGGCUCCGAAGAGGACCCACUGGAUCAAGAUGGCUGUGCCUGCGAGGGACAGGUUCAGGUAAGUAAUGCACACCUUUAUCUGCUGCCCCAGCCACUAGAUCUUCGAGCAGCUAAGUCACCGCCCAGGUCUUUGCGAAUUUGACAAGGUCCACUGAUGGUGAUAGUGCGACUUAAAGAGACAGUUGUUGGGAUGAAUCAGGAAUAGCAGAGAGUCAACGGGGGGAAUGGGGGAAGGGGAGAAUUUAAAACUUUAGCCCAAAAUAACUGCCAUAGAAAAUAAACCUCAAAAUUCUGUAUUCGAUACAUUUUAGGGAGGGUGCAUGUGUGCUUGUCCACGGCGAGGAAGGAACUGACAACACCUUGUUGAUGACAUCUCUUGCUCAGCUUAUUAUGUCACCUGAGUGUCGUACAUGGGAAGGAUUUCAGGACCUUCUUGAGCGUGAGUGGUUACAGGUAACAAUUCUGUGGUUAAAUAAACUCCCUGACCUGCUAUAACCAUAGAUAUCUCUGUGUGGAGGAUUGAUGUUUGUAGUUACAUCCUGCAAAAUGUUAGAGCAGUAUAAAUCCUGUAUAAUAUUGACUCACUCUGUUUAAUGCAGGCAGGACAUCCUUUUCAGCUUCGGUGUGCCAGAUUGGGGUGGUCCCAGAGCCGCUCUCAGCAUGAGUCACCCCAUUUUAUGCUUUUUCUGGAUUGCUGCUGGCAGCUUACACGACAGUUUCCUCAGUCGAUGGAGUUUAAUGAAGCUUUCCUGUGCAUGUUGGCAAAGCAUGUGUACAGCUCUGAGUAUGGGACCUUCCUGUGCAACAAUGAGAGAGAGAGGUACAUGUUGCUCAGAGGAUUAGUUAUACAGACACAGAAAUACUUGUUUGCCCCCUUGGUAUAUAUUAAAACACAAUAUUGGAAGUAUUUAAAGGAACACUGCAGGCUGAAGCUGACCACAUUUUUCAAUGCAUUAUGUUGAUAAUGUAUUAAAAAGGUAUGUCAAAUAAUUAAAGGGACACUGUAAGCAUAACAUAAUAUCAUCUCAUCAAACUGGUUAUAGUGCAUGGAGUCCCCUGGCUUUGUCCCUCCAUUAGUGUUAAACCAUUUUUGAGCAGUUUAACACUACAACAGUGUCCCUAGCCACCCACAGCCCAGCCCUACUGGAGGUGUAACUAAGGCAGAUUAAGAACUUCCUUCUAGCCAUACCUAUUCAUACCUGAAUGGGCACUGUGAUAGGUUGAAUGUGGUAAGCUAGCAUUCUCAGCCAAUUACAGACACCAACUGCUGCUCAGGCUAAUGUGUCCUCUUUUUAUAAUUUUACAAACAGUGCAAAUUUCAAUAGCAAAUGACACUUUCAUGAAUUAAAAUGGUUACACCCCCUGACUUUCAAACACACGAUAGGUCCUGUUACUUCCUGGUUUAGUUAGCUCAGUGGAGCUAAACUCAAAAGGCAGCACUUGCCAACAGCACCUUCCUUUAGAAAGACUUUUCAUUGAGCUGCAUUUGGAAAGUCUGUGAUUGGACAGUCGAAUAAAGUAUAGAUGGGGUUAGAAGGGGAGGGCUUGCAAAGGAUGCAGACAAGAGAUCUGCAGGUAGGUUUUGCAAGCUGUUUUUAUAUAUACAUACAAUGAAAACAUGCAUAAUUAAAUACAUGCAUGUUUUCAUUUAAGGUAGAUCUACAAAAUAUAGAUUUUUAUUUAUUUUGUAUUUUGAUACUGCUCACAUUUGGAACUAAUGGUUAGUUAAUGUUUUGGGGGAGGUUAACUGUAGACUUAGGGAAAAGGGUGGAGUUUGAAGGGAAAUUAUCAAAGUGCCUUCUGUCUUCUGUAGUUCAGUGAACCUCAUAUGAGUUAUUGUUAAGCUGCAGUGGCAAUGAUACAUUGUGCAACACUAAAUGAUGUUCCUACUCCUUGUGCAAGGCAUUUCCUGUGUGAGAGGAUGUUAGUGGGCAGAUGGGAAGAUGGAAGCUGACUGGACUACAGAGAACACUGGCUAAGAGUCCUGGCACUUAAUCACCCUUAAUCCGGUCUGUCACCAUCUGGGGACUUUGCAUAAUUUACAAAGACCCUGACAGUGAUAUCGUUGGUGGGGGCAAGCAAAGAUGAGUUUUAGAAUAAAGAGGGUAUAAAUUUGCUUAAAUGUUAUUCUUAAUGUGAAAUUAAUAUUAAUAAAUGUAUUUAAUUGGCUGCUGGACACUAUCAAAAUGUCUUCUCCAACACCAAAUACAAUUUAAAACAUAGUGUACUCUUCAUUUAUCAAUUUAAAAUUGUAACCUGAAUUUUAAAGUGCUUAUGGGGAAAUCCAGUGCAAAGCUAAUGUUAUCGUGCACAAUAUGUAAAAUGUACACACAUAUAAUUAUUUGUGUAUAAGUGCAAAGCUUAGAAUCAGAAUCACCUAUACAGUGCUAAUGCAAAAACACAAUCAAUUUAGUGUAAAUCAGUGCAAAAUGCAUUAAAUAUAAGUAAAGGGCUAUUUGCAUAUAAGUGCCAAUUCAUUUUAAAUGUCACCUUCAAAGUGUUGAUGCAUAAACCAAAUAAAAGGUGUUAUAUUAUACAAUACUUAGCAGCAAUAGAAUUUUUCACCUUAAAAAUAAGAUUAAUACAUAAUAGAGCAGAUUGUAUGAUACAUUUAUAUAUUAAUAACACCAAAAGCCCCCCUUAUGGAUGUCCACUCACAAUGAAUAGAGCCUCAAAUUUGGCUCUAUUUAAUCGCCUUAGAGCCUUUUGCAGGCUGACUCCUUCCCCCUUGUGGUGGUGAUAGUGUAUUCCUCAAGGAAAGAAGUAAAUGGAAAACAUAGUGUAAUUUGUUUUAAAACCACAUAAAUAGCAAAGAUAAAGAAAAACACUGACAUGUCCCAGAGCCACAGAUUAAGCUAUUUCCACUUGCAGUAUGUCUUUUUUAGGGAGAGGUUCCCCAAUGCUGAGAUAAAGAAAGUUCUAAAGGAAGUGGAAAACAACAUUUAUUUAUUAAAUCAAAAUAAUGUAAAGAAUUAACCAAAUAAAUAAAAAACAACAAUAAUAAUAUAUCCACAGGGUAUCUUAAUAGAAAUAUCCUAAUGGGCUUCCUCAUUUUAUACAGAGCCCCAUUAUAUUAAAUUUUUCAGUCCUAUUCCCAAUAUUGGCAUGGGAAUAUUUUGCUGUACAGAUUUACACUUAUGCGUAAAUAAUUAUACUUGUAUGUUUUGCUGUGUAGUGUACUUUGUAAUUUACUUUGCACUGAAAUUACACUUAAACAUUUCAAAAUUAAGGUUUAAAGUUAAAGGGACACCAUAGGCACCCAAACCACUUCUGCUAAUUGAAGUAGUCUGGGUGCUGUGUCCCAUUUGCACUUAGUGCUGCAAUGUAAAACAUUGCAGUUCCAGAAAAACUGUUUACACUAAGUCUGUCUCCAGUGGUUGUCUGUCACACAGCCACUGGGGGAGCUUCUUGGAUUGAAACGGUCCGUUCACAAUUUGAAUGAGGAUACCCAGCGUCAGAUUUUUCCCAGUAGGAAAGCAUUGAUUAUUUGCUUUCCUAUGAAGAGGUCUAAUGCUUAUGCGGAAUUUACUGCUCAUGCGUAUUUGCCUCCGCUUGUCAAGGGACAGAGGAGGAGGCGGAACCACGACCCAGUGGUUUUUAACCCUUUAUUCAAACCACUGGGACGCAAGGGAGGGGCGAGGCAAGGGAAGCGCAAGUGCCAUAGUAUCCUUUUAAUAUUGCUAUUUCAAUUUCUACACUACAUUUUAGAUUUUAUUUAUAAAAGGUGAGUUUUACUUAUCUGAACCUUGUCCUUUGCAAGCGCCACCAUCGUCUUCAGUCUGCUCCUCGCACUUCAUGUGUCAGGAGCCGACGUGACUGCUGUACUCUUGCACAUGCAUGAGAGUACAGCAUUGAAGUCUUAGAGAAUCCCUUAUGAGUGCAGGAUCCUCCAUAAAAAGAGCUAAUUUUAAAACAAGAUUGUACUAAACAAUAAGAUCAAACGUGGUAGAGCCUGGGCUACAAGAUUGUCAUAGUGACUGUCCUCAGAUAAAUAUCCUGGGGAGUCGUCAACAAUAUUAAAAGAAGGAGAUGGAUUAAUAUUUUUAAAAACCCAGUAUCUAGGUACAGAUUCAUUAAUUGUCCCGGAGGACACCCAUGAGAAUCAAAUAGCUAAAAUCACAAAAAUAUGUUCAAUAUCUUCUUAGCUGUGAAAAGAGAUGGUAUCAGGUGUAAUAAUUGAAACAUAAUAAAUGUGCCUAAAAUAAUAAAGACUGUAACUCUCAUAAACAGAUGGUAACCCUUAAAGUGUCACUACACAAGAGACACCUUUUUAAACCACAGUGGCUUGUAGGUCACUGAAGUUUAGGAUCUAUAAAAGGGGGUAUUAAUAGAUUGGAUGCAUCAGUAACAAAACAAGAUAAAAAAAAAUGUGGUCUUUAUUACACCUAGACCAAUCAGAUAUGUGCUUGUGAUAUUACAUACAGAUACAAAUGGUAUGUUUCACACCUAGCAGGGUGGACUAAAAAGCUGUAUUUGAUGAGAUAUGAUUAGACAAAGUAAGUAGAAAUAGCUAUCUACGGUGUAGACAGGGACGUAUUAGCCGCGAGGCAAACAAGGCAUUUGCCUUGGGCGGCACUUUCCAGGGGGCGGCAAAAAAAGUCGCCCCCAAAUGCCCAGGGCAAAUGUCUUGUUAGCCUAGCGGCUAACUAAAAAUCCGAUCGGGCGGGCGGCGCUGGCGAGGGAGCACUGAUUAGUGAGCUCUCUGUUCAGCUCCCUCGUGAGCUGCAGAGUGAUGCCAGUCACCUGGAGCCAUAAUAUGACGUCGCGCACUUGAUUAUCCAAAAAAAUAAUAAUAAUAUGACGUCGCGCGAGCUGAGCUGAGAGCUCACUAAUCAGUGCUCCCUUGCCAGCGCCAACCGCCCAGCAAUCCCACUGGACCCUGGGGAAAGGGAGAAAAAUGGUUUGUAUUGGACCCCAAUAUAUUGUACAAUGUUAUCAUAUCCCCUCUAAGGAGACGUUUUUCUAAACUAAAGAGGUUCAAUUUGUUAAUCUUUCUUUAUAGCUGAUAUGUUCCAUUCCUUUUAUUAAUUUUUGUAGCCCGCCUCUGCACUUUUUCUAGUUCCAUUAUAUCCUUCUUUAGAACAGGUGGCAAAAUUGCACAGCAUAUUCUAUAUGUGGACUUACCAGUGAUUUAUAAAGAGGCAAAAUGAUAUUCUCAUCCCGAGAAUGAAUGUCCUUUUUUAUGCAUGACAAUACCUUACUGGCCUUAGCCACUGCUGAUUGACAUUGCACAUUGUUGCAUAGUUUGUUGUCUAAAAGAAUUCCCAAAUCCUUUUCGUGUGUUGUUAUCCCUAAUUUGCUUCCAUUAAGGGUAUAUGUUGCUUGUGUAUUCUUUAUGCUGAAGUGCAUAACUUUGCAUUUUUCAACAUUAAAUUUCAUCUGCCAUUUGAGUGCCCAGUCCCCAAGUCUAUCUAAAUCCCUCUGCAGCAACAUAAUAUCUUGCUCACAUUGUAUUAUUUUACAAAGUUUUGUGUCAUCUGCAAACACUGAAACAUGACUUUCAAUGCUCAAGAUCAUUUGUAAACAUGUUAAAUAGAAGGGGUCCUAGAACAGAACCCUGAGGGACACUACUUGCCACCUCUGUCCAGCUUGAAAAUGUACCAUUAAUGACAACUCUUUGUACUCUACUUUUAAGCCAAUGUUCUACCCAAGAACAAGCAUUUUCAUCGAGACCGAUUUCCUGGAGUUUGAACACUAAUCUAUUGUGUGGAACUGUAUCAAAUGCCUUGGCAAAAUCCAAAUAGAUCACAUCCACUGCAACACCCUGAUCUAUACUUCUACUUAUUUCUGCGUAGAACGCAAUCAAGUUAGUGUGACAUGACCUGUGCUUCAUAAAACCAUGCUGAUUUUUGUUGAUAAUCAUGUUCUUCUCAAGGAAUUCUUGAAUGUUAUCCCUUAAUAACCUUUCAAAUAUUUUCUCAGCCACAGAAGUUAAGCUCACAGGUUUAUAAUUUCCAGGCAAGGAUUUUGAACCCUUUUUGAAUAUAGGAACCUGCCUUCCUCCAAUCCUCCGGAACACUUCCUGAAAGAAAAGAAUCUUGAAAGAUUAAAAACAGAGGUUCACUUAUUUCUACACUUGGUACCCAUCCAUGAGUACUUAAGGAACUAUCAGGCCCUGGAGCUUUGUUUAAAUUAACUUUCUUUAGUUGCUGCAGCACCUUGUCUUGAGUUAACCAAUUACAAUUAUUCUGCAAGUUUUUAGUAGCAAUCAUUUGCACAUCAAUUGCCAUGGGUUCUUCCGUAAUAUAUACGGAGGAGAAAGUUAUUUAAAAUUCCUGCCUUUUCCUGGUCUUCAUUAACUAACACCCCCAUUUCAGUUUUUAGUGUACCUACAUUUUCAUUUUUUGUUUUUAUUUAGAAUUUAUGUACUUAAAGAAUGCUUUGGGGUUGGUUUUGCUCUCUUUGGCUAUCAUUUUUUCAUUUUGAAGUUUAGUAAAUCUAAUCGCCUUUUUGCACGCAUUAUUGGCUUCCUUAUAUAUUUUAUAGGAUGCAUCUGAUUUGUCUGAUCUAAAUGCUUUAAAUGCCCUUUUCUUAUUUUUAAGCUCUUGUUUUUCUUCUCUACUAAGCCACAUUGGUUUUAAUUAGUUUAUUUUAUAUUUAUUACCCAGUGGUACAUACUGAGAAAUGUUCCUUUCUAAUAUUUGUUGGAAAAUGUUCCAUUUAUCCUCACUGUUCUUUUCACUAAAGAGUUUAUGCCAGUCAAUAUAUUGUAAAGCUGCCCUUAACUUAUAGAAGUUGCCUUUUUAAAAUUAUAUGUUUUAGUAUACCCCAGCAUCAACCCCCCCCCCCCUCAACAUCACCCACCCUCACCAUCAACCCCCUCCCCUCAGCAUCUCACCCCCCUCCCUCAGCAUCCGCACCCCCUCCCUCAACAUCCCGCAUCACCCCCUCGCUUCUCAUCAUCAUCCCUCCUCACACCCACAUCACCCCCCUCCCUCUCCACAUCAUCCCCUCCCCUCCGCAUCACCCCCUCUCCCUCAGCAUCAUCCCCCUCACCAUCAACCUCCCUCCCCUCAACAUCCAACCCUCCCUCUCCACAUCAUCCCCCCUCACACCCACAUCACCCCCCUCUUUCUCCAUCAUCCCCUCCCUCAUCACCCCCUCACCAUCAAUCCUCCCCUCACCAUCACCCCUUCCUCACCAUCCAACCCCCUCCCCUCAACAUCACCCCCUCCCUCUCACAUCAUCCCCCUCACACCAUCACCUCCCUCUCCCUGUCACCACCUCUCACCAUCACCCCCCUUAUACACAGCCUCCCCAGACACACUGUUAUCAUCCCCUCACAUUGUCACCUCCCCACUCAUUGUCACCCCUCCCUACACUGUCAUCACCCCCCACAGUCUCAGCAUCUUCAUGCAUCCACACUCACAUUAACCACUUCUAAUCCUGUUAAUCUCACCUGCCCUCACUCUGCCACACUCACCCUGUCACAUUAACCCCCCUUAAUCCUGUUACACUCGUCCCUCCUACCAUGCCACAAUUGCCCUGACACACUUACCUCCAUUAGCCCUGUCACAAUUCCUCAUCAAACCAUGUCAUACUCCCUCAUUCUCUCUCACAACCCCCGCUCCACACCCUGUCCCAUUUACCCCCUACGUCCUGUAACACUCUCCCUGCCACUGGUACCCGUUUACUCACCUUGUCACAGUCACCAGCUGAAGAUAUUCAUCAUACACACAUAGUCAGGAAACAUAGCUUUGCAUAAACACAAUGCACAAAGGCUACAGGCAGACCCCCCAUACACACAACACACUUCAAGCUGCUACCCCAUACACAUACGGUCCCAGACAAAACCGCAAACAUGCUCACAGAGACAUACAUUCACACACACAAGGAUACUUUCUGUCACACACACUGUCAGGCACAUACACAGGUAAACUGUGCAUCAAUGUGUAUAUGUGACAGUGUUCAUGCAUUGCAACUCUAUUUUUUUCACUUUUUUGUUAGUGGGGCCUCAUGUUUGAGUUUCACCUAAGGCCUCAUAAAGUCUAGAGCUGCCUCUGCCAUAGAGUAUGUAUCCACUAUAAACCAAGGAAAAAAUACUGCAACCUAGGGUCCCACCUAACAAUCCCUCAGCACACCUAUAAACAUGUGUGUCGACACAAGCCACUAAAAGGUCAAAAAGGCUGUUAGGAACUGUGUACUACAAAUAGCUACAGUCUUGCUCUGCCUAAAAUAUAUAGUAGAUAGCCACUGUGGCUUGAUAAGGUGUCUAUUGUCAGGGAUAAUGCCUAGCGUUUUAUUAUGGCUGUAACGGGUCACCUGGCACCCCGACUGGGUACCUCCGUUGAAGGAUGCUUCUAGCGCUUCCUGAGGGCUUCAAGCACUCCAGCCGACACCAUAACCACCGUAGACUCCUUCAGAGAGCAAAAACAGGAACAAGCUCUUACAAGAGCUUAGUAGUGAUAUAGCAAGAGAGUAUAAAUAGCAUAGCAAUCCCUUGUAGCAGGUUCCCCCAAUAAGAGAUGGCACUCCAAAUUGAGGGUGAAGUAGAACUGAACUUUUAUUCAAACACUCUGCUUUUAUCCCCAUUCUACAAACAUAGUACCACCCACAGGGUUUUGAAGUACAACCAAUCAAUACAUACAAUACACUCAGACACUCCCACACAAAAUCCUCCCCUCUGCCUGUGAUAUAAUUACUGAACACAAUGGGCUAAUGUUCAAAGAUAGAUAAAAAAAUGGAAAGUACAAGCGCUUCUAUAUAAAGUUUAAGAUUGAAAUUAUAUCGAACAAAUUUGAUGUGAGCUGCUAUAUCACCGUGCUUAUCUUUCUAUAAGAAAAUCGUGGAAAAGUGGGAAGUAUCGGUGUAGCGCUCUAUAUUAGUGGAUAUGAAAAGAAAACAAAUAAAGGAAAACCUUGCUGUACCUUGAUGGAUAAUAUAUACUAAUGGAUAAUCCAGAGUAGUCAGAUAUACCUUAAAUACAAAGCACAAAUAUACAAAACAUAGUGUAACCUGUAUACAAAAUGUAAAAAAUAAAGUGCAUAAAUAACUCACUCACACUUUUCUGAGCUAAUGUACUAGCUCAGGUAUGUGCGCCUUAGGGUCCGUAGAGGCGACCCUUCCCCUCCUUUUCGUCCAAAUGGUCUCCAGGUAUAUAGCCCUAGGUAAUAGGUAUAGGAGGAGAAAAUAGCGUAGUACAGUCUGAUGUAUAUAAGGUAUAUUGAAUGAACAAUACCAAUAUACUCACAAACCCUGAGCCAAUGUAUCGGCUCGCUUCAUAAGAUGUAUGUGGUUAAGGACCACAAUCCUUCUUUGUAAUAGCAGGUAGGAAUGAAAGCCGUAAGUGUGAUAAAAAAUAUAUAUAUAAUUUAUUGUAUAAAAAGUAUUACAUAAAUAUAAAAAAUACACUAUAUCAAUAAAUCAACACUUGUGGCUAUAGUCCAAAAGACAGUAUAGUCUGCUCACUGUUCAUCCAGGACGCGUUUCACCAAAUUGGCUUCCUCAGCUGGAAAAAAUGUGCAUGAGACUCCAAGGACUCCUUCCUGCUUUUAUAUCCAAUUGAUUAGGGAUUGUAGCUUGUAUUUUUCGCGGGCAAUCUCCAUGGUAACGGAGAUGCCCUGUGUUACAAGCCUCUUUUUCAUCCGGUUACUUCCGGGUAUGAUCACUUCCGGUUUCGGCUGAUCUUGCAUUAUGCGUUCCACGGUGCGUUCCACGGUGCGUUCCACCAUGCGUUCCACCGGGCGGCUGUAAUUCUAAUGUCCCAAGCUAUUUUCAAAAGUAUUUUCCUCAGGCAAAUCGUUACCAACAAAUCAGAAGGGCACAAUAAUAUUGUUAAUAGUCUAAUAGAGGCUGCAUGUGAAAAGGCAUAAAUAUGUGGAUCCCACACAUAUAGUUCUAUGAGACAAAGUUCAUAUCACAACUUGUAUAGCAUGCAGAUGAAAUAACAUAUAUAUUGAAAACAUAUAUAAAACCUUAAUUGGUUUAUACAUAGAGAGAGUUGUAAAUGAUAUUAAAAUAUAUUUUAUCAAUGAGUGAAACCAUAUAGAAUAAUGAGGAGAAAGCAAUUUUGUGCAUAGAUAUUGAGUCCUAAAAACUCUUAUUCCAAUAGAUGCACCCCAUAAAGUUGAAUAGAUAUAUCUUUAUAUAAAUAGGGAGAUGCCUAAAAAUUUAAACUUAUACAUAAAAAGAGCUACAGAGAGAGUGGUGUCAUGUGGUGACAAUAAAAAAUAAAACGUUGAGAGAUAAAAAUUAAAAGAUCAAUCCGCUAAAAAAUGGCACAUUUCAAAAUCGGAAUUUAAACCAUUUGGGAUGAGGCUAUUCAGUUUAAAAAUCCAUUCCAUUUCUACUUUGCUUAAUUUUGAGUCAAAAUUACCUCCUCUCCAAUCUUUAGCAAUCUUAUUAAUUCCUAAAAAUAUUGUACCUUUUAUCUCACAGUUAUGGUGGAUUCUAUAAUGUAAAGACACGCUAUGUUUUUCAAAACCUUUACUAAUGUUAGUAAAGGUUUUGAAAAACAUAGCGUGUCUUUACAUUAUAGAAUCCACCAUAACUGUGAGAUAAAAGGUACAAUAUUUUUAGGAAUUAAUAAGAUUGCUAAAGAUUGGAGAGGAGGUAAUUUUGACUCAAAAUUAAGCAAAGUAGAAAUGGAAUGGAUUUUUAAACUGAAUAGCCUCAUCCCAAAUGGUUUAAAUUCCGAUUUUGAAAUGUGCCAUUUUUUAGCGGAUUGAUCUUUUAAUUUUUAUCUCUCAACGUUUUAUUUUUUAUUGUCACCACAUGACACCACUCUCUCUGUAGCUCUUUUUAUGUAUAAGUUUAAAUUUUUAGGCAUCUCCCUAUUUAUAUAAAGAUAUAUCUAUUCAACUUUAUGGGGUGCAUCUAUUGGAAUAAGAGUUUUUAGGACUCAAUAUCUAUGCACAAAAUUGCUUUCUCCUCAUUAUUCUAUAUGGUUUCACUCAUUGAUAAAAUAUAUUUUAAUAUCAUUUACAACUCUCUCUAUGUAUAAACCAAUUAAGGUUUUAUAUAUGUUUUCAAUAUAUAUGUUAUUUCAUCUGCAUGCUAUACAAGUUGUGAUAUGAACUUUGUCUCAUAGAACUAUAUGUGUGGGAUCCACAUAUUUAUGCCUUUUCACAUGCAGCCUCUAUUAGACUAUUAACAAUAUUAUUGUGCCCUUCUGAUUUGUUGGUAACGAUUUGCCUGAGGAAAAUACUUUUGAAAAUAGCUUGGGACAUUAGAAUUACAGCCGCCCGGUGGAACGCAUGGUGGAACGCACCGUGGAACGCACCGUGGAACGCAUAAUGCAAGAUCAGCCGAAACCGGAAGUGAUCAUACCCGGAAGUAACCGGAUGAAAAAGAGGCUUGUAACACAGGGCAUCUCCGUUACCAUGGAGAUUGCCCGCGAAAAAUACAAGCUACAAUCCCUAAUCAAUUGGAUAUAAAAGCAGGAAGGAGUCCUUGGAGUCUCAUGCACAUUUUUUCCAGCUGAGGAAGCCAAUUUGGUGAAACGCGUCCUGGAUGAACAGUGAGCAGACUAUACUGUCUUUUGGACUAUAGCCACAAGUGUUGAUUUAUUGAUAUAGUGUAUUUUUUAUAUUUAUGUAAUACUUUUUAUACAAUAAAUUAUAUAUAUAUAUUUUAUCACACUUACGGCUUUCAUUCCUACCUGCUAUUACAAAGAAGGAUUGUGGUCCUUAACCACAUACAUCUUAUGAAGCGAGCCGAUACAUUGGCUCAGGGUUUGUGAGUAUAUUGGUAUUGUUCAUUCAAUAUACCUUAUAUACAUCAGACUGUACUACGCUAUUUUCUCCUCCUAUACCUAUUACCUAGGGCUAUAUACCUGGAGACCAUUUGGACGAAAAGGAGGGGAAGGGUCGCCUCUACGGACCCUAAGGCGCACAUACCUGAGCUAGUACAUUAGCUCAGAAAAGUGUGAGUGAGUUAUUUAUGCACUUGAUUUUUUACAUUUUGUAUACAGGUUACACUAUGUUUUGUAUAUUUGUGCUUUGUAUUUAAGGUAUACCUGACUACUCUGGAUUAUCCAUUAGUAUAUAUUAUCCAUCAAGGUACAGCAAGGUUUUCCUUUAUUUGUUUUCUUUUCAUAUCCACUAAUAUAGAGCGCUACACCGAUACUUCCCACUUUUCCACAAUGGGCUAAUGUAAUUAUCACAGGCAGGAAAAUACACAGUUUUGCACAAUAUUCAUAACUCCAAAAGUAUACAGCACAUUCACAUAAAACUAACAUUUACAUCAGAAUCAGCAUACUCCAAAUACAAACAUACAUCAAAAUCAUACAAAUUGGUCCAGUGGGUCAAAAGUUAGUUGGAAGUCCCUUUGUGACCGCCUGCAAGCAUGGCUUGGGUGUGGUAAGCCAGUUAUCUCCAACAUACAGAAAAUAGCUCUAUUCACAACAACAGUAAACACAUAAAAAUACAUAAUUCCUAUCAUACUGAACAGAACCCCCACAUCCACUCACUAUAUCUGAACAGCGCUCAGAUCCCACGUACACAAUCAAAUCGCCAUGGGGUUAAACCAGAGCAACGGCUGAUGAGAGACAGAGGAGGGGCAAAACAGCAAGUUCCAAAUGGUCUGGCAGUGUCCCUGGGACAACGCCCUGCUGGAGAACAAUAGACAGGAAACGGGGCAGGGGCACACCUUCCCAUGUAUUCAAAUGAACAGAAAAAGUGUUUCAAAAUGCAAUAAGCCCAAAUAAGUUUCUUAAAGGGCAAUACAUCCCAGGGGCCAUAGUCACAUGGCAGGAGGCUGGUAAUCAGUCUUCUCCAAUGCCCAGUGGGGAGGCUAGUUUCGCCACAAUGGCAGUUAGCCGUAACUAGAUAUACAGGGAUGUAAUACUUUACUAAAAGGUAAAAAUAAAUGUGUAUAUUAACACCAACAUGUAAUUGUGUCAGAUAUCAAUCAUCACGGUGAACGCCAAAAAUUGUAAAAUAGAUGAUUAUUAUAAGGUGAUCAGUAAUUGCAUUUAGUGUAAUAAUUUUCAGUCCUAAUAUAAGGUUGUGUUCAUCAAAGAUAAUUUUUUCGAUUCUUGUCAUGACUUCUUCCAUAUUUAUGGUCAGACAUAUUGUAGAAUGUCCUUGUCUCUAGUACUGGUUUGAUUUGCCCAGUAUACCUAUGGAUAACUUGCAUUAUUAUUUACAAUUACCACUGCGCAUUACUAUGAUCAUUUUUAACCAGAAUUACUUAUUCUUGGCUCUUUGAAUGAGACACUUGAUUUCAUUGCACUGGCUAUUUCCUAUGGUUUCUAUUCCAUUGAUCAAGUUUAGGAGCUGUAAUUGGGUAAUUGGAACCAAUCAUGACUUGGUUUUUGAUGAUCAAGUUACUUACUUAAGGUCCUCAGCACUGACGGAUCUUUAUACUUUACAUCCCACGACUUUUGGAUGGUUGCCCUGGAAUCCUAUGGUGUGUUCUACCUUAAUUAACUAUUUGGAAUCACCAUCUGAACUUAAUGUGACAUUUUAUAAACCAAUACCUAAAUUAGUAUAGUUUUUUUUGUUACAUAUAUUGACCUUUAUUCCAAUUAAUCACAGAUACCCUUAGGAAUUAAGUUUGGUUAGUUACCUUGACAAUAUGUUGCCUUUUUUCCUUAACAGAUCAUUUUUAAUUUUACAUUCUCCUACUAAUUAGCCCUUGGGAUGUUUCUAUUACUAUUCCCAAUACUCGUCCUGGUUGCUAAUUACAUCUAGAUUUUCCGAUGUGCAAUCAGAAGCUACAUUGUUUACAUUUGAGAGGAUACAACCGGAUGGGCCGCUCUCCGUCUCUGCCUGUUUGACUCCAGACCCUUCCUUUCUUCCUGCAUUUUUAUUGGAUCAAAUCUUGGACCUCUUAUUGGGGAAUAUCGCAUUUAUUAUUAUUUAUAAAGCGCCAACAAAUUCUGCUGCGCUGUAUAAUGGGAUUAUGAGCACCUGUUGUAAGAGCUAAGAGUUUGGAUGCUCAUUCCAAAUUGAAGAGCCACCUGACCAGCAAAACGCACGUCGGAGCUCUACCUGUAUCCCACUUAUUUGCCGUUGUGAUUUGCUUAGCAUACUGCAGUAUGUGUAUAUAUGUAAUAUAUAGUGUAAUAUAUAAUAUAUAGUGCACCUAGCACAGUUAACAUAUCUUGUUGUGGCUAUAGUUGAUCAUUGUUUUUCAGCCUGAUAGUUGAAGUGUCCUUGACGGCAAGUUCAGGGAGUAAAGACUUAUUUUAAUAAAUCAUUAGGUGCACUCGAAGGCACAGAGUUUGGUUAAUCCGGAUCUCUUCUCUAUCCUUCGAUUCUGCUCUUUAUAGCAACUGCAUUCAGGACUGUUUUUUUUUGCAUAGCAUUUUCAAACAGGCACGUGCUGCCAUUUCAGUGGUAACAGGCUAUGAUGUAAUAUAUUGUGACAAUAGAGGUAUAUAGCACAUUAGGUUAUUCAAUAAGGAAUAACAGGAAAAUUUAACAGUUUGGUUAAUCACAUCUACACAGUGGAGUUGGUCCAGUAUUGUGUGAUAUUCGGCUAUGUAAUCUGUGUGAUAGGUUGUAGUCUACUUUGGGACUAGCUAAUCGUGGUAGGGUGUGAAUGCUGGACAGGAGUGGUGGUUCAAAGGCACUACGGUGUCUUGUAUCAGCUGUAUGUCUGUCUGGUCGUAUGCCCUCAGAGGAGCAUUGUGGGUGUUUAAAUCUUUCAUGCUCGUGUCUAUCAUGCUGUGUGUGUGUGUAGUAAGCCAGGGACAUAGUCUUUGUGUUCGUGUCUGGCGUAGCUGUACCUGUGCUGUCAUUGAGGGUGUCUUGCUCUGCCUCUGCAUUGAGGUUGGGGACCCCUAGCCUAUGUGGGCUAUACGCCCAGGGACCUGAAUGUCCGUGAGUUAGUCAGAUCAGAAAAAAAAAAUAUAUAUAUCAUAGUAAACACGAAACAUUAAAAUAACAUCUGGGAGUUUCUCCUUCAGUGGGGUGAGGACGGUAUGGAAUAAUAGUCUGACUUAGUCAGAUCUUGGGUUUUGCAAGCAGUCUAGUGUUCAAAGAACCUGAAACCCCAGUUCACUUGUUCCCAGGGUGUAAGUGGCGGCCAUGUGCUCCCUGUGGCGUUUCGGAGCCUGGUUCGGCGAGGGUUUUCAGGUAGUUGGAGGCUUCAUCUGGCGAUGUGAGGACUUGUGUUGUCCCUGCGCAGGUAAUUUCCAAGGAGCCCACCCACUCCCCACCUGUAGGCUAUAGCUGCAGCACAUAGCUGUGUGGUGGCCGGGCCGUACGAUUUGCGCCAUAGUAUCGUGGCCCUCGAUAAAUCCUGGUAAAAGGUUAGCUCUGAGUCCUCAAAGGGUAGUGGUGUUCGGUCCUUGAGUGCCGCCAUGAGAUGAAGCUUGGCCUGAACUGUUACGCAUCUUAGAAUGACAUCUCAAGCUGCAGGGGAUUUCAGGUGUGUCGGUCGGGAGCCGGUAGAUUCCAUCUAUGGUGAUUUUCUUUGCAGCUGCGUGGGGGAGUAUACUAGACAGGAGGCGCCUAACGUAGUGAGGCAGUUCCUCUGUUGUGAUUGCAUUUGGGAUUCCCCUAAUAUUUAUGUGUGUGCGAGGGCCAAUGUAAACGCUGCCUUUUAUCUGAAGUUUACAGCAAAAAGCUUGUAGGGAACGAUUCUACUCACCAGAACAAAUGCAAUAAGACUUCAGCCAAUCACCUUAAUCCAGCACCGGACUCCCUCUGCACUGGUGACCUCUCCUCCCCUUACCAACAUCAGCUCCAAAUGUGCAUGCAUUCAAACCACCCACAGGAGAGCAUUACUCAAUGCUUAUAUUGCCUAUAGUGGUCCUUUAAGUUUAUGGGGUUAUUUCUAGGUAUUCUUCCAGGAACAAAAUUAAAUGCAAAAAAUUCAUAAAUACAUGCAUGUUUUAAUUUGUGAUAUAUCUGCGAAACAGUGGUUUUUAUUUUGGUAUUUUUAAUUAAAAAAAAAAUUUCAACAUUCAUUGUAUUAAUUAAAAAGACUAUAAAAUGCGACAAUCCCCUGUUAAAUACAAAUUGACUAUUUAGCAGAUAAUCCCACAAUAAAAAAUAUCCAAGCAUUUUUUCAUUAGGGUAAAUUUAAUAACUCCUCUCUUAAUUCAGCUCAAACUUAUCAGUUUCCCAAUGCAGCUCAAUGGCAAGCCUUUUGCUGGCAAUUGCCAGCCUCCUGAGUUUGGCUUCAUUGCUCUAAACAUCUUUGAAUUAACAAAACAGUUUGUCUGACAUAUGGUGAGUUGUAAAAAGUUUAAUUGAUUUAAAAAAAAAAAAAGUGUCAAUUUCUAUUUAAAUCUACACUUAUUUUGAAAAAUUAAAAAAAGGCCAACGUUACACACAAAGCACUUUAGCAAGGUUAGAGCUUAAGGGGUCUGGAGUGUUCUUUUAAGAAACGAUUCUGACCUAACGUUCCUAAAAAUGCACAAAUUAAAGCAUCCUGCCUUUAUGGAAGCAAGCAUUUAAAGUGGCACUGUUACCAUCUGUGAACUUUGCAUAAUUUGGACAGUGAUAUUGCCGCUUGGGAUCCAGUGGCCAGAUGGGGGUGUUAGUUUAACUUACUUGACCCUGUCCCUCAUGGGCACCACCAGCUUAAUGUGUAAGAGUACAGCACUGAGAUCCCACGAGACCCAUCAUAGACAGAGUCAAUUCCCUGCAGCAGUGGGGGGGAUUGACACUUCUAGAAGGAGGUAACUCCGCUAAGUGUCCAGAAGUGUAAGGCGUAGGAAAAAAAAAAAUACUGAGACAAACUUUGUCUCAGUAUAUCUUUUGACUGGAUAUGAAUAAUCCCAACACAGUCAAUAUGAGUAUUUCAUAAAGAUUUUACCUUUAUAAAAUACACAUUUUGCAGGGUCAGGUGACAAUGCUACUUUAGUCAUUUGUCAUAUGACGGUUUGCUUUAGUGAACUUUACCAGUGCUUUUACAUUAAAGGAGCACUAUAAGGUCAGAAACAAACAAACAGAUUUCUGACCCUAUAGUGUAUAAACCACCAUCUAGCCCCCCCUAAAUAUAGUAAAAUCGUACUUGUAUUCAAGCCUGCAGCUGCUACCUCUGCCCGUGAACUGCUUCUGUCUGCUGACAUUAUCAGAAGUGGUGGUCUGAGCCAAUCACAAUGCUUCCCUAUAGGAUUGGCAGAGACUGUCAAGGAGGCAGAUCAGGGGCAAAGCCAACAAGUCAAACACAGCCCUGGCCAAUCAAUAUCCCCUCAGACAGACAAAUUUAAUCAAUGCAUCUCUACAAGGAAAGUUGUGUCUGCAUGCAGAGGGUGGAGAUACUGAAUGGCAGUGCUGCACACUAGGCAGGACUGCCCCAGGAAGCACCUCUAGCAGCCAUCUGAGGAGUGCCCAGUGGAGUUAUCACUAGGCGGUAAUGUAAACACCGCAUUUUCUCCGAAAAGACAGUGUUUACAGCAAAAAGCCUGAAGGGAAUGAUUCUAUUCACCAGAACAAAUGCAAUAGGCUGUAAUUGUUCUGGUGACUAUGAUGUCCCUUUAACAUGCUUGAGUUGCAUCCACCUCAACUGUGUUUUAUGACCAUAACUCGUGUAUUCAACCUAGUUUUAAAAUAUGUAGAUAUAACCUUCUGCAAACCUACACAAAUCAGGAGUAUAAUAUUUGUUUACAUCAGUUAUUCAAAUAUAGCUAGCCAUCAAGUGGUGUUAAUUAUAUACUUUUCCAUUAGGAAUGUUUAUGAGGUGCAAGACCGAACACUCUCCCUGUGGGGUUUCCUCAAUGAAUCUAAGCAACGGCCCAAGCUACUGAACCCUAUGUACAAACCAAACCCCCUUACCAUCUGGCCAUCAGUGGCACCACAAAGCUUACAACUGUGGGAAGGUAAGAAUGACUGUGUGAAGAGGUGAGAAUUAUUGAGGCAGACUUAGAACAGUAGCACAGUAUAAAUCUAAUUUUCUCCGUCUUCCAACAGGUUUCUUCCUCCGGUACCUGCUACCCUCAAAAAACACAGAACUGGCCUGGCAACGUAUAUUGGAACUUGUUGAGCAAAGCAAAUCCCACUGACCGCUAGAGAUAAAAGACUUUUCCUUCAUAUAAUAUAAUUUGCAAACAUUCAGAAAUUACAUCACAAUGAAAAAUCGAGUUUGGAAUUAGAACUUUUUAUGUCAAGUUGUUGUAUGAUGGAGACAAAAGUGUUAUGGCAACGGGCUUCCCUCUAAUAAAACAUGUUUCUUAAAGCAAGGUAGAGACUGUACAUAUCACUCCUUAAUGGCAAGAUAAAAUGCACAAAUCAAGAUGGAAAGCAAGCGAAUAAAUCUAAAGGAAUACUGGAUACCAGUGGGCACUGGACAGUCUAGUAUUAUUCAAAACAAAUUUUCAGUUUCUAAUUUUGCUACGCAUCAGAUGGAAUUUAUUUCUAUACCAUAUGUAAUUGCAAAUUCCCAUAAGAAACGCAGGGGCAAAAACAAUACAAGUAUAUGGGUUUAGAAAAUAAAGUCUUAUAUAGGAUAUAGUAAAAUUCUUGAAUUUUAUAAAUAGUCAUAUCCUUUGUGUUUAUCCCAAUUUGGAACUGGAGACUUUUAAACUCAUGGUGUGGACUGCCAAGUAGGAAAGUUUUGUUAUUGAGAAAAUAAUUUGUCCGAAAGCGGGAGUCAUCUUAACAUUCAAAAUCAAAAUCAAAAUAUUGCUGGUCGAAGUAAUGUAUUCUGACAUAUCCAUCCUCUCCUCCACUGCUGUAACUACAAAGAGAUAGUAGACAUGUAUUAAUAAAAAAACA